UUGUGGUGGUUUCAGGCGACAAGUUCAGCUAAUUCCAAUGAUGAUCAUCUUCGACAACAACAAGUACAGUACAGUACUAGUACGGGCGAAAUCAUAGACGUAGAAGCCGUUUAUCAAGAUACUUUACCAUCAGGUUCUUCUCUAGGCACUGUCGUGGCUAUUCAUGGAGCACCAGGAUCUCACAAAGAUUUUAAAUAUGUGACUCCAUUACUGCAGAAGAAAGGAAUCCGUGAUCCACGGCUCAAGUGCGACAAUAUGGAGAGAAAUAACUUCGUAAAUGGGCUACUUUCCAAGAUUGCGGUUAGAGAGAAAGUUGUGAUAAUGGGACAUAGUAGAGGGACGGAAAACGCCGCGAAUGUUGCGGCGUGGAAUAAGGAGAAACUCUCUGGUCUGGUACUAGUGAAUCCUACUGGUCUCCAGUUACACAAAGGAAUGCGACCUUUUUGGGGAAUUAAACUGAUUCUGAGAUUAUAUUCCUUGGGAUCUAUAGCACAGCUAAUGAUAAAUCCUAUCAUGAAGUACCUAUACAACAAUGUCCUCGGACUGCGGCUCGAUAGUGGUGAGAGAGCAAUGAUGUGUUUGCGAACCAUGUACAAUCUUGAAUACGAAAAAGCAAUGAGGCCAAGUAUAGAUACCAUCAAUGUUGCUAAAAAUGUGAGGGAGUUCCUGUCUGUUUGA